UGACCUUAGCGAGCGCUCUCUCAUGGCCUUCACAUUUCAGAGAUUUUGUGGGGAAUACUGGCUGCUGUUAGCGCACCUUUCAGGAAUAUAUGAGCUCUUGCACGAGCAGAGCGCUCGUUUAUCCCUCCUGCGCAGCUGUCGGUGCCUGUGUUUCUCGCGGUUUCUAUGAAUGCACGUUUCCCUCAUGCUAGACUUUGUAUGUGCUGGGCGCUUCUGGAAGACUUCAGCCCGACUCCUGCUGCUUUCAUUAAACGUCGCUCUGCUUUCUCCACUGCGCAGCCUUCUCUAACAGAACCAGUGGUUUCUUAAUUGCUUCACGCUUAGUGUGAACUUUUUGCGAUAUAUUAGCAGUCACGGAGUUGCUAGCUAUUAGCUAGCACGUUUCACUCGCAAUCUCCUUUUUGGAGUCGCUGGAAAUGUCAGAUUUUGACGAGUUUGAGAGACAGCUGACCGAAAACAAGCAAGCGGACAGGGACAAGGAGAACAAGCACCACCGACAUAGUGGCUCUAGAAGUCGCAGCAGAGACCGAGACAGAAAGAGAAGGAGCCGGGACAGAGAAAGGAGAGGCAGUCGAGAACAUCAUGGUGAUAGCAAAGACCGCAGACACAGACGCAGCCGCUCCCCACACCGUGAGAAGAAAAAGAUUAAAGUGAAAAAGUAUUGGGAUGUUCCUCCUCCUGGUUUUGAACACAUCACACCCAUGCAGUACAAAGCAAUGCAAGCUGCUGGUCAGAUUCCGGCUACUGCUUUGCUGCCCACAAUGACCCCUGAGGGUCUAUCUGUGACCCCAACACCUGUUCCCGUUGUGGGCAGCCAAAUGACCCGACAGGCUCGACGGCUGUAUGUGGGAAACAUACCAUUUGGCAUCACAGAGGAGUCUAUGAUGGACUUCUUCAAUGCUCAGAUGCGUUUGGGUGGUCUUACUCAGGCCCCAGGUAACCCUGUCCUUGCUGUACAGAUCAACCAGGACAAGAACUUUGCCUUUCUUGAGUUUCGUUCAGUGGAUGAGACCACACAGGCCAUGGCGUUUGAUGGCAUAAUUUUCCAGGGUCAGAGUCUGAAGAUUCGUAGACCUCAUGACUACCAACCUCUACCAGGCAUGAGUGAAAAUCCCAGUGUCUAUGUCCCAGGCGUCGUUUCCACAGUGGUGCCGGAUUCAGCCCAUAAGCUCUUCAUUGGCGGUCUGCCAAACUACCUCAACGAUGACCAGGUGAAGGAACUGCUUACAUCCUUUGGUCCCCUGAAGGCUUUUAACCUGGUGAAAGACAGCGCUACAGGUCUCUCAAAGGGCUAUGCCUUCUGUGAAUAUGUUGACGUCAAUAUCAGUGACCAGGCACACUGUUCACUAUCACAGGCCAUCGCGGGGCUAAAUGGCAUGCAGCUGGGUGACAAGAAACUCUUGGUCCAAAGAGCAAGUGUCGGCUCCAAGAACACCACACUGACUGGGGUAAACCAGACUCCAGUGACCUUACAAGUUCCAGGUCUUAUGAACAGCUCAGUGACUCAAAUGGGAGGCAUUCCCACAGAGGUAUUGUGUCUGAUGAACAUGGUGGCACCGGAGGAGCUGCUGGAUGAUGAAGAGUAUGAGGAAAUCGUAGAAGACGUCAGGGACGAGUGCUCCAAAUAUGGCCAGGUCAAGAGCAUCGAGAUCCCACGACCUGUUGAUGGCUUAGAAGUUCCUGGCACUGGAAAGAUCUUUGUGGAGUUUAUGUCAGUGUUUGACUCCCAGAAGGCCAUGCAAGGAUUAACAGGAAGGAAAUUCGCCAACAGAGUGGUGGUGACUAAAUACUGUGACCCUGAUUCCUACCACCGUCGAGACUUCUGGUAGAGAUGGGACAGAAUAAAGAGUGAGAGAGACAUAGAGACGCAACUCAGAUGGUGUGAACUCAAUCUCUCGGAAAACCCUUAUUUCGUAGAUUUAUGAGGUCUGCGAGGGUGUGAGCAUUUUUUUAAAAGCCUAGCAGACUAAAAACAGUGCACCAAUUAUAUGUGAUGGUUUACAAUUAUGACAAAGACAAUAUUCAAUUAUGUGCAAAGCUUUAACAUGGGAAAUCAGACGGUACCAUUUCAAAGUAUACAGAAAAGAUUAAAUUAGACAUGCCACUAAACUUCUAUCUUAAUUUUGGGCCAUAAUGUUUUUUGUGUAAAUGUUUUCUCAGUGUUAAAUACCUAUUCUAUUAUCUGUACAGCUCACACACUUUGAGCCAGACUGGUCAGAUAGGAGUGAGAGAGGAGGAUGUAAUGCAGUGAGUGAAGGAAGCUGAGAGCCACGAUGACAACAAAAAUUAAUGUUACACUCAGAAAACGAGGAGGUGAGAUGGGCUACUUGAGGAGAUAAUUCUUUGUCUUUGGGUUAUGGUUUUGAUUUAGGCUGAGAACGAAUGCUUUCGUGUACUGUAGAGGUUAAAUGUGUGACGCAAGAGGACAUUCUGGGUCUCUUCUUGACACCAUACAUGUAUGAGGUAAGGCGACUGGAAUCAUAUAGUUGGUGAAUUUUACCAAUUAUGUCUACUGUCUUUCUCACCUCCUCCAAUCCUCUUUCCUUUCCUUUAACCAUUUCAUCCUUUUAUAUUAGGUGUACUGUUUCUUGUGAAUUCCACUUUCCUGGCCUCAUCUUACCAAAUUUGUACACGGUGAAAAAUAAUCUUCUCUUUUUUUAAUUUUAUUUGUUUUAUUAUAAAUUCUGUAUCUGUCAACUACUGUUUUUGUUUUUUUCCAACUGUAAUGAGUUGAUUUAAUACAGUGUGUUUAUGUAUGAGGACUAGGAAAAAUUAACUGGUGAAAUAAACUCAAUGCAUUUGAAUUAAACACAUUGCAUCUGUUCUGCCAGCAGAUAGUGCUAAUAGGUCUGGUUAUCCUGCACUACACAAUUCAGAGUGGUGUAGCUCUGAUACAGAUUUUAAGUAUUUUGAGUAAUGGGUCAGUCAGAAUUUAGUCUGUUUUUAGACUGUGGGGCCAUUAUUUGGGGGAGUGUAUGUUCAUGUUUUUCUCAAAUUGAAUAAUAAACCAGGAAAAAAAAUAUCAGUGGAA